AGUGCCAGUCGACCAGUCAUUUUUUUAAGGUGUGAAAAAGUUGUGAUGUUAUUUUUUUGAGUUCCUAGAUUGUAAAUUCCAUAGAAUGGCUACUGGAACAACACUACAAAAAGCUAUUGAAUUAGUUACUAAAGCUACAGAGGAGGAUCGCAACAAGAACUAUGAAGAAGCAUUAAGAUUGUAUGAACAUGGAGUAGAAUAUUUUCUACAUGCUAUCAAAUAUGAGGCACAGGGUGAAAAAGCCAAGGAGAGUAUUAGAGCAAAGUGUAUCCAAUAUCUAGAAAGAGCUGAAAAACUAAAGGAUUCAAUCAAGAAGGGAAAGAAAAAACCUGUGUUGGAUGGAGGCUCAUCAAAGGAUGACAAGAAAAGUGAUAGUGAUGAAGAUGAUGAUGACCCAGAUAAGAAAAAGCUCCAGAGCAAACUGGAAGGUGCUAUUGUAGUAGAAAAACCUCAUGUUAAGUGGAGUGAUGUAGCUGGUUUGGAUGCAGCUAAAGAAGCUCUAAAAGAGGCUGUCAUAUUGCCUAUCAAGUUCCCUCAUUUGUUUAGUGGCAAAAGAGUACCCUGGAAAGGAAUAUUAUUGUUUGGGCCCCCUGGUACUGGUAAAUCAUACCUGGCUAAAGCAGUGGCCACAGAAGCAAAUAAUUCCACAUUCUUCUCAGUGUCAUCUUCUGAUCUUGUAUCCAAAUGGUUGGGAGAAUCUGAGAAACUAGUUAAAAAUCUGUUUGAAAUGGCAAGGCAACACAAGCCUAGCAUUAUUUUUAUUGAUGAAAUUGACUCUUUGUGUUCUUCACGUUCUGACAAUGAAUCAGAGUCUGCUAGGAGGAUAAAAACUGAGUUUUUGGUCCAAAUGCAAGGUGUUGGUCAUGACACAGAGGGUAUACUGGUAUUAGGAGCAACAAAUAUACCCUGGGUACUAGACUCUGCUAUACGUAGAAGAUUUGAAAAGAGGAUCUACAUUCCCCUACCUGAAGAACCUGCCAGGGCUGUGAUGUUCAAAUUACAUUUAGGAAAUACACACACAGAGCUCACAGAAGAGGACAUCAAAGAGCUAGCCAAUAAAACAGAAGGCUACUCUGGAGCCGAUAUCAGCAUAGUGGUGCGAGACGCGCUGAUGCAGCCGGUGCGCAAAGUACAAACUGCGACGCACUUCAAGCGCAUCCGCGGUCCCAGUCCCGUGGACCCCGACACGAUAGUCGACGAUCUGCUGAUUCCGUGCUCGCCGGGUGCGCCCGGAGCCCUCGAGAUGUCCUGGAUGGAUAUACCGAGCGAGAAGCUGGCCGAGCCGCCUGUCACUUGCAAUGAUAUGUUGAGGUCAAUUGCAACAUCUAAACCGACAGUCAAUGACGAAGAUUUGACGAAAUUGCGGAAAUUUAUGGACGACUUUGGUCAAGAAGGAUAAAAUACUCAAAAGUGUCCUCUUACUCUUCAUAAAGGCAAGUUGAAUAUUGUUUUAAAAUUGAAAAUGAAGGAGAUCGUCACCAAUUUGCGAAUUUCCUGCAUCAUGUAUUUAGAGAAGAAAUUUCAGAUGUUAUAUUGUUGCUUUUUUUUAGUAAUAAAUGAAAUUGUUUUUUUUACUUAUACACUAUAUGAGCCUUAUUUUAAAUUAAGAUAACAUAGUUUAUAUUUGUAUUCAUAUUAAAAAUAAAGUAUUUGAGAAGAGAUUUUUAAUAUAGUUAUUAGAUUAUUCAAAUUUUUUUGAUGUUGUCUACAAUUUUAACAAACGAUUUCAUAAUGGUUGAUUUUGACAUAACAACAAAAAACGUUCUCUCAAUUUCGGGGAUAGUAUUCAAAAUAAUGAUGAGAAAAGUUGGAAGAUUGAAAAUAUAUUUAUGGAACAAUUAUUCAGUAACAUGUAGCUUCCAUUUCUACCAUUGGGCAAAAAAGGUUGAGUUGGCACGUUUUUGUUUCCAAAUACAAAUCAUGUCAAUGUCACAAACGAAAACCGGAAUUAUAUAAAUUAAAUUGAGAAUCACAAAAAACUAUUCAUUAUACUGUGUGUCUCAUUUUAAUUCUGCCCCCAUUCUCUAUCUCGGUUAUUGUCCAAAAUUUGAUAGGAAUCACAUAUAGUGCGUUGGGUUGGUUCAAAAAAGAAUAAGAAUAUUGCUUUUCUGGCUACCAUCAUGAAAUUUGGCAUACAUGAUGAGAAAUAUAUAGGAAACAAAAAACCAUCGAGACACAAGCUCUGUCUGGAAUAUUUCGUCCGCCAUUUUUUAAAAUGGCGGCCGAAAACUAGAUUUUUGCUGAUAUCUCAAGAACGGUGCAAAAUUUUGGAAGAAUUCAAACUCAUGAAAUCAAGAAAAUUACAAGGCGGACAUUUUUUGUCUGAAACAUUUUCUUGUGAAGCUGAUAUUGAAGUCAACAAAUUGAGUAUAUUCAGUGGAGAAUCCUCGUUUUCUCAAAACAUCAUUUAAAAUACCAACAAUUACCCCGUUACCGAGUAUCCCUACCUAUUCAUAAAAAUCCUCGUUACACACGUGUUCAUCUAUUUUUAUAGAAUAUCUUUUUUAACUCUACAAUAUACCGGGUGGGGCAUUUAUCUUGAGGCAACAUUAUAUAUCGCUUGUAUUCGAUUAUUUUUUUUUUUUUUUUAGAAAAAAUACUUUAUUGAACAAAUAAACAUUGGACAGUUUUGCCACAAGCAUCUGAUGAAUGUUCAGAAUUGAUCAGCUGCAGAUGCAAAACAAUGUGUAUUCUGAACUGAAAAUGCAAUAGAUUUAAUUUGCAGUGUACUGCUUUAUGCACGUGUGAUGGACAGUGUACUCAAUAAACAUUAUUUGUAAUACUGUUGUAAUAGUUAGUACACCAAGAUUCUUACUGAUCUAAACUAACUUAAUUAAACAUCAAGCCUAUAACAUGAUUGAUACAUGAUUUUAUUUAGAUUAAAAUAAUUGACCGCCAUUUUACGUAAUGGUACCUUCGGUUUGAAUCCUCAAGAAAGAGUUCAUCAUACACAUAACUCAGAAUCAUGAUUUCUGUGGCUAAUCUUAGCCUGAAUGUUUCCAUUUUGAUUUUUUCUUGAGAAACCUUGAAAAAUUGAAUUUUAAUAUUUCGAUUAUUGAAUUUUUGAUUCGUCUGACAAAAGAAUGUUUCGAACAAAAAAUGACCGCCUUAAUAUCCUCUAUAUUGCAUCACUUUGAACUUUCCCGAUAUUCCCCACCGUUCUGGAGAUAUUAGCAAAAAUCUAGCUUUCGGUCGCCAUUUUGAAAAAUGGCGGCUGAAAUAUUCCAGAUACAGCGUGUGUCCCGAUGGAUUUUUUGUUUUCUAUAUAUUCAUCAACAUGUGUACCGAAUUUCAUGCUGGUAGCCAGAAUAGCAAUAUUCUUGUGCUAACAUAACGCACUAAUAAAUGAUAACCAAUAGGCAGCUUAAAAAGUGAGACACACUGUAGAUAAACUUGAAAAAAGUAACAGGAAAAUUUUAACAUAAUGGUAUAUUGUCUCUUACAUAGAAAGUCAAUAUUACAGUUGACUAGAAUCUCAAUAAUUCCACCCCUAUAGGGAGUUCCACUAUGAUUGGUCAAAACCCCAUAGUUUAGAGUAGGACGGCAAUUUCGUUUAUUUUUUCAAUAAUGAAAGAUCAACUUUGUGAUAAAGUGAACACAUGAACACAUAUAAAACAAAUAAUAAUAUUAAAAGGUCAACUAAUGAAUUCCACUCAG